AUGGACUCCAAGGCUAAGAACAAAAGACUUGAAAAAAUGAGAGUAUUAAUAGUGUUGGUUGUAAUGGAGGGGGCCAACAUACAAUGUGGCCAUUUGGAAGAAAGCGAGACACGAAGGUUGUUACCGAAGGGCGUAACAGGUAGAAACCAUCCAGCCGCAUACGCGACUGAAGAGAACGGGAGACGGUGUGGUUUGCCCAUGAGGAAGGGCACACACGCCUUGGCACGCUCGUCCUGCUCCUGCCACCCAUCAAGAUCCCCUUUUCUGGCGGCGGCCCCAGAGCCGCGCUCCUGCUCCCGCGCCCCCGGAGGGGCGGCUGCGGACCCCGUGCCGGAGUCGCCUCCACCGCUGCUGAGCGUGGACGUGACGGGAUUGGUGUCGCAGUUUGCGAGGAGCUUCGUGCUGAUCUUCCCCGUGUAUGUGCUGGGCUACCUGGGGCUGAGCUUCAGCUGGGUGCUCAUCGCCCUGUGCGGGCUCUUCUGGAUCCGCAGGCACCGCGGCGGCAAGAGCUCCCGCCUGGGCCGGGCGCUCGCCUUCCUGGAGGACGAGGAGGAGGCGGUGCGGCUCAGCGUCUCCUCCGCGGAUCUGCCUGCGUGGGUGCAUUUUCCAGACACAGAGAGAGCAGAAUGGCUCAACAAGACUGUAAAACAGAUGUGGCCUUUUAUUUGUCAAUUCAUUGAGAAACUCUUCAGAGAAACCAUAGAACCAGCAGUAAGAGGAGCAAACAACCACCUCAGUACCUUCAGUUUUACAAAGAUUGAUAUUGGUCAUCAGCCUCUGAGGAUAAACGGUGUAAAGGUGUACACUGAAAAUGUGGACAAAAGGCAGAUCAUUUUGGAUCUUCAAAUCAGCUUUGUUGGAAACUGUGAAAUCGAUUUGGAGAUCAAGAGAUACUUCUGCAGAGCUGGCGUGAAAAGUAUACAGAUCCAUGGCACCAUGAGAGUUAUCCUGGAGCCACUAAUUGGAGACAUGCCCCUAAUUGGAGCACUAUCCCUUUUUUUCCUUAGGAAACCUCUUUUGGAAAUCAACUGGACUGGACUGACCAAUCUUCUGGAUGUUCCAGGACUGAAUGGCUUAUCAGACACAAUAAUACUGGAUAUAAUAUCCAACUACUUGGUCCUUCCAAAUAGAAUUACAGUGCCCCUUGUCAGUGAAGUGCAGAUCGCUCAGUUGCGGUUUCCUAUACCAAAGGGUGUUCUGAGGAUACACUUUAUUGAAGCUCAGGACCUAGAGGGUAAAGAUAAUUACCUAAAAGGGCUUGUCAAAGGAAAGUCAGAUCCUUAUGGAAUCCUUCGUGUGGGCAACCAGAUUUUCCAAAGCAAGGUCAUCAAAGAAAAUCUCAAUCCAAAGUGGAAUGAGGUUUAUGAGGCCUUAGUGUAUGAACAUCCAGGACAAGAGCUAGAGAUUGAGCUCUUUGAUGAAGAUCCAGAUAAAGAUGACUUCCUGGGAAGUUUGAUGAUUGAUUUAAUUGAAGUUGAAAAGGAGCGUCUUCUAGAUGAGUGGUUUACUUUGGAUGAAGUGUCCAAAGGAAAGUUGCAUUUAAAACUGGAAUGGCUCACAUUGAUGCCAACUGCUGACAACCUAGACAAGGUGCUCACAAGCAUUAGGGCUGAUAAAGACCAAGCUAAUGAUGGGCUUUCAUCUGCAUUGCUUAUUCUGUAUUUGGACUCAGCAAGAAAUCUGCCUAAUAAUCCAUUAGAAUUUAACCCUGAUGGCUUGAAGAAGUCUGCUGUUCAGAAAGCCCUAAAGUCAGGAAAGAAAAUAAACAGCAAUCCCAACCCACUUGUUCUGCUGUCAGUUGGACACAAGGCACAGGAGAGUAAGAUUAGAUACAAGACCAAUGAACCAGUUUGGGAGGAAAACUUUACUUUCUUUGUACACAAUCCCAGAAGACAAGAUCUUGAAGUUGAGGUGAGGGAUGAACAACACCAGUGUUCUUUGGGGAACUUCAAGCUGCCUCUAAGCCAGUUGCUAGAGAGUGAAGAUUUAACUAUGCAUCAGCGGUUCCACCUGAGCAACUCUGGUCCCAACAGCACUAUAAACAUGAAGAUUGCACUCAGGGUCCUUUCUCUUGAAAAGCAGGCAAGAUCUCCAGAUCAUCAACACUCAGCCCAAGUGAAAAGGCCAUCUGUUUCCAAAGACGCACGAAAAUCAUCCUUUAAGCCUCAGGUUCCUGUCUCGCCAACAUCUGAUCCAAACAAGUCUGUUCCAGCAUCCCCAGUGACUGACAGUGAUAAAAAGACUGAUGCAGCUGAUAAAAGUCAGCCUCCCAAUGCCAGCCCGCAGUGGCCAACAGAUCUGAGCCGCAGCUCCUCCAGCCUUCAGGCCUCCAACUUCUCCUGCUCCCCCAGCCACCUGUCGGUGAAGGAGCCCACGCCCAGCAUCGCCUCCGACAUCUCGCUGCCCAUCGCCACGCAGGAGCUGCGCCAGCGGCUGCGCCAGCUCCAGAAUGGAACAACUCUGGGGCAGUCUCCAUUAGGACAGAUUCAGCUAACAAUUCGUCAUAGUUCACAAAGAAACAAACUGAUUGUGGUGGUGCAUUCCUGCAGAAAUCUAAUAGCGUUUUCCGAAGAAGGAUCCGAUCCCUAUGUGCGAAUGUAUUUGUUGCCUGAUAAGAGACGAUCAGGAAGAAGAAAAACACACGUAUCAAAGAAGACAUUAAACCCAGUGUUUGAUCAAAUGUUUGAUUUCAGUGUUUCCCUGCCUGAAGUACAAAGAAGAACACUAGAUGUAGCAGUGAAGAACAGUGGUGGAUUCUUAUCCAAAGAUAAAGGGCUGCUUGGCAAAUUAUUAAUACCUCUGGCAUCUGAAGAACUUGCUAAAGGCUGGACCCAGUGGUAUGAUUUGACAGAAGAUGGUACAAGGCCACAUGGUGCAAGUUAGGCCCAUGGACACCAGAAAUUCCUCAUGCAUAAUUUUGCCAACCUUUAUAUAUUUUUAACACAUUGUUUUCAGAGAUGUACCAAUAUUAUUUUUAUAGCUUUACUGAUUUAGUUCUUAGACACAUACCCAAUUAUUUUAUAACACUUGGUCAUUUCAUUUAGACAUAGCCUUCCUCAUUGUUAACCUUUUAUUUUAUUUUGCUAAACAGUUCUAUGUGUUACUGUAAUGUGCAAUAGUACAGUAAAGUAACUUUUUGUGUUUAACUUGAUCUUUAUGAUGGCUGUACCUAUUAGAAAGUGAAAAGAACAUGUUCUGCUGUUUUCCUGCCUUGUUUUAUAUCUCACCAAGGUAUACUGUACCAUGUAAAUAUAUACUAUUUUUUUAUAAUUCUUUCAUGCUGGUUUGAAUUCAGAAGAAAAUUAGAUAAAGGAUACAGAUAUUUUCUUCUAAAUGCAUGUUAAUUUCUUCAGAUGAAUCUCUUUUGUCUUUGCAGCACAAUGGUCUUAAUCAUUUUGUGAUAUUCUGCAAAAAGAAACUGCAGAAAAACAUUUUUACUUUAU